UGAAAAUUUUCUUCUUAUAUUUUUUCACUUUCGUCUAGUCGAAACUGUUAAAUUCAAAUUGUUUGAGACUGAUUCAAAGAGAUCUUUAUCCCAAAAAAACCUUGGGCACUUUCUUCGAAAAUCAAUUUCCCAUGGAUCUUUCCACCUAUCAACCUCACCGCGCCAGUAACAAACACUAUGCAUGUGAAACAAAAGAUGACACCCCUCGGGGGUUUGAGGGGUUGACUCGGUCACUUCGUCAACGUCCGACUAAUUCAGUCAUCGACAUAGCCAGUAUCAGACACUGAUCUGAUCUGCCAAGAUCGAAUGACAGUGGUUGAUCUCAAUUGAUACUGAUACAGCUCCUUUCAAAGUUUACUGUGAAAAUCAAGAAGAAUAUUCGGAUUUGUUAGAGAAUUUCGAGCCUUUUGGACUGUCCGAUCUUAGUGCGUUUUGUGGUGAAGCAUGGUGGUUGUUUUUCCUGUAGGAAGAUGUGGCGAGUUUCCGUCUUUUCCGCUUUCGUUGGUGUUUGUUGAAGAGGAUUCUGGAAAAUGUGCCACCUGAGUGAUUUGUCGCAGAGCUGUAUCUUUCGUACGGUGAGACGGCUUCCCUACCUUCGGCCAUCAUUCCUGACGACAGGGUGGCCUGGGAGGCCGAACGGGAGGCGGUCCAGAGCGACAGCAUCCCUGCCACCCCCGUCAUGGAGACCAGCUACGUUCCCAACAACCCCCAGUUUGGGCUACAGCUGGAAUGCAACUGGAUCCCGAGCCCCUCGGUAGUACAGCAGCAACAGCAAAUUGGCUCGUCUUGUGCUGAAGAUUUUGGUCCUUGGCCUUCAGGUGGUAGUGUGGAUAACGAUAUGGCUUCGUUUUCUCUGCCUCUGGAUCUGGAUCCUUUGCCUAGUCUUUUUCCUUUCUCGCCUGCAGCUUACAAAACGGAACCUUGUGGAGACCCAUCAAGCCCAUCUUCAACCUCCAGUUACUUGUUCAGAGAAGGCGGAAAGCAGAGCAAUCCUAUGCAAGCCUGUGGAGGUGGUGAUGUUGCAGAUGUCUUACUUUCGCUCAAACAUGCUGUUGUGCAUCCACAUCAAGACCAACAAACCCUUUAUCAUCCUCAAGUUCUGCUCUCGCCAAACAGUGGGGCAUACCCUCCCACUUCCAACAGCUUCUGCGAUUCUUUCAGCGCAACCCAGCAAACUUCUCCAGCGGCCCUUUUUCCCAGUAUGUCUGUCAACGUGUCCAUGAAUAUGACCAUGCAUCCUCCUGGCUACCAUGCUUCUACGGGGCCAGCAGUACCAGGUUACCAGACCAUCGCUGAUUGUCCACAGGUCCAAUGGAGCACCUGCAGUCCCCACCAAAUAGCCCCAUCUCCAAACAACCAUCAAGGUCUUCUCAGUCCCACCUACGGAGGUGCAACUUACUCCUUCACCGCUGACUUCAGGCCUACCACCAACCAGGACAUCUACAGGUCCCACCCUCAUGUACAAAUGGCCUUCCCACCAAACAGAAACGGCAGAAAAUCAGCAUCUGGUCUGUCCCUUAUUGAUGACGAUUGUCACAAGCCUAACGUAUGUCGGAUUUGUGGUAAGAGUUACGCAAGGCCGAGCACCUUGAAGACGCACCUGAGGACGCAUUCUGGCGAAAAGCCUUAUAGGUGUUUGGAUUGCAGUAAAUCUUUCUCUCAGGCUGCAAACUUGACGGCACAUGUUCGCACCCAUUCUGGAGAGAAGCCAUUUCGAUGUCCUGUGUGCGACCGUAGAUUUUCUCAGUCCUCAUCAGUGACAACGCACAUGCGCACGCAUUCAGGGGAACGUCCGUACCGCUGCAGACUAUGCAAAAAAGCUUUCUCGGAUAGCAGCACACUUACGAAGCAUCUAAGAAUACAUUCCGGAGAAAAACCCUACGAGUGCAAACUCUGCUUGCUAAGAUUCAGUCAGAGUGGAAAUUUGAAUAGGCAUAUGCGGGUUCAUGGAGCUGCUGCAGCGAUGCUAACCUCGUGACCUGCAUUUUGGUCCGCCAUGAGACCAACUUGGCCUUCGGAAGUCAUCCAACUUGCUACAAGAGCAACAUAAAGGUCCCCGGAAUUCCUGAAACUACAAAUGAGAAGAUGACCAUGGACGCCUCUUCAAAUAUUUCAUGUUAUCCACAACGAAUAUCUUCUUGGCUGAAGAUAGAAGAUUCUUUCCUAAAAUGAGAUAUAAAUAUUGGAGGAAAGGCUGAACGAUUGCAGACAAUAAAAAAUAUCGAUGUGAAUUAUAUUGUGUAUGUUUAAAGGCUACAACAAUACUUAUAUUCAACAUGAACAACGAUGAAAUGUCAAAUAACCAAAGAUUACCCAGAAGAAUAAUUGUAAAUUCACCUAAUCACUAGUCAUUUUGUACAUAACUACUUUCUCUAAACGUACUGAGAAUCAAAGUGAAUGUUGUUAUUUUUAUUAUUGAAUAAACAUGAUUUUUCAUUAUAAUUAUCAAUUGCACCCGCUUCCUUGACUAGGGGCGGAUCCA